UUUGUGUGUAAAGUCUGCCGAACUUACGUUGACUGUAUUUUAUCGAAAAUUGAGUGGUUAAUGGAAGGCUGAAAGCUCUAUUCGUUCAGUUGGGUGUUUAUAAACUAACUGUGCUUCCUUUUCUGGAUAUAGCAUUGGAAAAAUGUCUACACAGCCGCAACGAGUGCGGAAGAACGCGUCGCCCUCAACGAUGCGGCCUAUGAAAGCCGUGCAACCCUUCAAAUUGAAAGGCAGUCCCACCAGAAAAAGUCCGUCCUCACCCACACCAUGGGUACCAAGAAGAUCUCCAGAUUCCAACUACUCCCCGGAGAGGAAGUCUCCGAAUUCGCCAAGUUUCAAAGUUGAACGUCCCAAAGCUGUGAGAGUGACCAGUAGCCCUCUGAAGAGGACAGGGUCACUAGAAGCAAUCUACCUAAAGGGACAGUGGCCCUCACCUGAGUUUCUGUCAAGUUUCAAGGUCGACGCCUGCACACAGACAGAAGAGGCUGAUGUGGCUCGUCACAGCUCACACAAACUGGACAAAAAACAGAGGAAAAAGUCCAAAGAUCACAGACGAUCCAGGUCAUUUGGACCAGGUGACCAGUUAGCUGCCAUCAGACAAAGGUUGAAGAACUCCAGUAGGAGUGAUACGCCAAAGGCGCGACAAAGUCCAAUCCCGGCGAGUCAUGAUGCACUGUCUGCCACAGCUCCCGCAGCCCUUCAGAACCUCAUUGUGCCAAUCCGGACGUCUAAACCCCUGGGGAUCCCAGCUCACAUCCCCUCCCCCAAGAAUAUGUCUCGGUACCAGAGGAACAGUGUAGAGGGCCUCAGUAUGGAGAUUGAAAAACUGGUGCUCAAGAACAUAGAACAUGACACCGAAGAGGCAGAAAGAAUUGAAAUUCCCGAUGGGCAUCGUGCUCCAGUCCCCGAGCCAGUGCACCGGACCAGUAGUACACGCAGUAUGGAAACUCAGACCCCCUCAGGAGUACUUGACACAGGAACACCUACUAUCAGUGUGGAUGACAUGAGCUCAGGGAGUGGGUCACAUUCCGGUAGUCCAGCAAUCCCCAUCAUUCCUGGCCAGAUGGACUCCUCUCGUCCGUCCAGUGGAGCAGACUCAGGCAAUGAGAGGACAGAGAAAGAUAUUGAGGGAUGCGAGUCACCAGAUUCUCAUUUCAAGGUGGUAGCUAGUCCUCGUCCUAACAAAUCCUACUCAUUCGUCAGGGAACCACCAGAUGGCUGUGAAAAGAUUAAAGUCAUCACUGAAGAAGACAAGAAACCAAGUCAGCCGUCCAUUAAAGUACCUCUACUGUGUCCAAUCAAGACAACCCAAUAUGUCUUCAAACCCAGCAUCGAUUCUGCUUUUUGUCCCCUGAGAAACAUGUACACAAAUCAAGGGACACAACCCACCCCUGCACCAAUUACUAAUUAGAGUAUUCUCCCCAUGGGUGACCAAUCUGUUGUUAAUUUUUUUUCUCUCUGUGUAUUUCUGCUUGUGAAUAUUAUUGGUUUUUUUCCCAUUCAUUUUGAUUAACUCAAUAGAAUAGUAUUUAUUUAGUAAUUUGUUAAGAGGUUGUAUUAAUUUUUUUUAUUACUAGAAUCUCUAAACUGAGGAUUUUGAUCAGUUGAGCUAAUUUCUUAGUUAUGUGUAGUUGCAAUUCUAUUGUUAGGUUGACAUUUUGCUCUGUUAUUGGGCUCUUAAUUGCAUGCAGUUACAUGUAAAUGUGUUUAAGGUAAAUGCUGAAAUACUAUCUUUGGCUUUAUCUUUACCAAAUACAUAACUUAGUAUACUAAAUAUUUAGGGUGAAGGUAGAAAAGUCAGAAUCUAUCUUUUGUACUUAUGUUAAAGUUUAGGUUUUACAUAUUUUUUGCUUAAUUUAUUAAUUUGAAGACAAGGAAAUUUUCAGAAAAGACUAUUAUUGCAAGAUUUUUCCUACCUUGGGAAUCUCUUUUAAAAUUUUAUUUGAAACUACACAAUGAUGUAAAAACAUUCCGUAUGUUUUGGUAUUUAACCAAAUGAAAUGUAAUUUUGAGAUCAUAUAGAUUUUUUCAGGCAUGUGUGAAUUUUUUGGUGGAAUGUGAAAUAAUGUGGCAUCUCCAUUUAAAUGGCAUUAAGUCUAAGGAGAAAUAUUUACUUAGUAAAAAAAAAUACCUCAUUUACAUAUACAUGUAUCACUAAUCUAACGAAAUAUUUCCUCAUGAUAUUUCAUAAAUAAGUAUUUUUAUAUUCAUGUUUCAAUGUUGUGCUGCGUAACCUCAAGGGAUGGUUAGUUUUCAUACUGCAGAUGAAAUGUACUUGUUCUUGUCUUUUUUUUUAGUUAACUUUUAAUGUUUCAUUCACUAUAAGUUAUGAUAUUUUACAGAAUUAAUUUCACAGCAGUAGAUUUGAUUGAAUAUAUAUGAAUGAUGAUGGUUGACCAAUUUUCUCAUGCAUAAAAUUUCUUGUUAACUUGAAAAGCUGUACAUCAAUUAGUAGAAAAUAACUACAAACAGAUCCCCUCUGUAUUGACAGUUCUGUACAAGCUCACUUUUUAUCAGAACCUGUCUAUCUUUAUUGACAGUUCUGUAAAAGCUCACUUUAUCAGAAUCUCUCUAUAUUUAUCAACAGUUCUGUACAAGAUUACUUUAAUCCAAGGCGUAAGUAAAUCAUUCUGAUAAAAAUUCAUCUGUUUUCUCACAAUUCUACAUCAUACCAAACUUUUCACAUUUAACCUCUUCCUUUGAGCUACAGACAUUUGGGCUUAAAUGUAUAGUAGACUAAUUGCUUAAGAUUUUUUUUUUCUUCUUCUCUCAAAUGGCAGUGUGGAUGGACUUUGAGUGAUCUCUAUAAAGAAAUGUUCAGCAGUAGAUAUUUUCUUGGGAAAGUCCUUGUACCUGAAACUAGUCUUUGCACAAAUAUUUUUUGUCAUUUUGCCAAAAAAUCAGAUAUUUUAUGAAUGAUAAGCAUUUUAGUACGACCACAAUGACUGUGCUUUUUUGACUGCUGUUUAUGCUUUUAUGAUUUUGAAAUGGUAGGUCACCACUGUAAAGCAGAUCUUGAGGCUACUUGUUCAGUGGGGUUUUUUUCCUUCCUAUAUACAUGUUAUUAUCCUGUAUACUUAAAAUCUAUUUGAGGUUGUUUAGACACAGGAUAUUGUGAGCUAGGGCCACUCGUUAAGUAAUUGCUAAUUGCUAUGCUCAAUGUGUUCUCUUGUAAGGUACUGUAAAAUUACUAAUUUUUAUGAGAGUUUAAUUGUUGUUUUCAUGAUAUGAAGAGACCCAAGAAUUCAUGUUCUCUGCAAACUGUAAAAUUUUAAAUGUGUAGCAAUGCCACAUCUCUUCAACCAUGAAAUCAAAUCCUCUUGAAGCAAUAUUUUUUUCCUCAAACCUCAAAAAUCUGACACAUCAGAAAUAUGUGAUUUUAUAGUAUGACAUAGAUAUGAAACUUCAGUUCACUUUAAGUAUACAUUAAUUGUAGUAUCUUAACAUCUGCCAAGUUUGAGAGUAAGUACAUGUAUUUAAAUCUUAUUUCAAAUUAAAGCAUGUUUUUAGGCAUUUGACUUUCAUGUCUCUUCCUAAUAUGUACAUGCCGCCAAAUCGUUUCUUUUCAAUGUCAAGCCCUUAGUGUACUUAACUAAUGUAGACCAGAUGACACUAGUGAUUUUAUCCUGUUAAACCGAUUCUGGUUUAGUUGUAAUUAUUUUUCAGGUUUAAUACAUAUAACUUGAUUAUCAUACAUUUGGUAAAAAUGAAGCAAGAUUUUUUUUUUUAAAUUCAGACAUGUUCUCUGUUCGUAGUUUGUAAUUUUCAAAUUUUCUUUAUUCUGAUGUGGUUUCCAGAAUUCACAAACAGAUUCAUAAAGACAAUUUGUACCGAAGUGCUCAUUUGGGCUGCUUUAAAAUUUUGACAAAAUUUGUGCUAAUAUGUCUGAUAUUAAAUGAAUCUCACAUUCCUUACUGUGGGAAACGAAAACUGACAACAUGGGCAGAUAAGCCUUGCAUCAGGUAUUUUCACAUAUCUCCGUCCAUUUAGAUCCUCCACUCAAGUUUCAUGAUCAUGUUUCACUUCUAUACCACUUCAUCCCAACUUUGAAUGAUCCGUCCAGACAGUUUUUUUUUUUUACACUUUGUCCCAGAAGGUGUGUUUUACUGGUCAUAAUGUUUCAGUAUUCUUUAUUUUCCUCUGCUUGGGUUAUGGAACAAUUAAGAUCUGCAAAAUGUUAUAUUUGUAUAAAGAAAACUUUUUUAUUUCAACAAGUCUUAAAGCAGUUGAAAGGUGUCUGAAAUGGCUUUUGUAUGCCUAUGUGUUGUAUUGAAGGAAGGGGGAUUCACUGUAAAAGCGAUGAAGAUGUAUAUUAUUAAAUUUAAAGGCUAUCAUAUGAUGAUUAUAUGAUGGAAGUCAGAAUUUUUGUUCUUUCUAAUGAUAUUCCAUAAUUAUAAAAGCAAAGACUGUGCGAAAUUUUGCAAUGUUGAUAGAUUUCUUGUAUUUUUUUUUUCUAUAGCAUGUUGUAAAUAUAUAGUUGCAGGCUUUGACACACAAGACAUGAGUUUUUAACUUGAUGCUGACUCAUGGUAGCUAUUUUUUUUUUUAGAGAAUUGCAAAUAAAAGGGGAAGUAAUCUAUUCUUGCAAUAGAAUUUACAUCCAUAUUAAAAUUAAUAAAUUUUUUUGCAAUACAUUAAAAUGUGUACAAAUAGUUUUCUAUUCAUCUUUUUUCUUUGUGAAAUAAAGUAUCUGUAGAACUUAAUAACAACCUGAAUAUCAUGUCAACCCGUUGAACAAUAUAAAGUGAAAACUCUUUGUUGGAGGGGGGGGGGGGGGUGUAGGUGGUUUCAAUUAAAAAAAAAUAUUUAUACUUAUUUAUAAAAGUUAAUUUAUUUAAUUUAUGUAUUUGUUCUUUGAUUAAAAGACUGAGAUUAAAGUAAGUAUAAAAUAGACUUUCAUUAUGCAGAGAUAUCAUUGAUUGACAAAAACUUGUAAAAUGUCCAGAAUUUGCAGUGAACUAUUUAAUCAUAUUAAUAGCACGUGAUUGUAUUAAAUGACAAUGUUGUAAAUGACAAUGUUGUAAAAUAAGUCCAGUUUUAAUAUUUUAAUUACAGCUCUAGAUUAAUUUACAAGGGUAGUUUUGGAAACUUUAGAAAGGGCAUGCCAAUGUACUUGGAAUGUUACAAGUCAUGUGUACAUGUACGUUUGUGUACGGCAAUUUUCUGACAUGCCAAACAAUGUAUAAAAAUUUUGCAUUACAUGUAUAUAAUAAAUUUUGUGUGAUUUUUUGAAAGGUCAAGGGGGAAUUUUUCAACCUUUCUACAAAUAUAGAGGAAAAAUGAAGAUAUAUUGAAAAACUUGCCGAUUCUGUACAAAAUUUAAUGUAUGCAUAUACAUGUACUCUCUGCAUUGUUUGACUUGAUCGAAUCCAACUGAACAGCUAAAUAGAGCUUUGACAUACACUGUAAUGAAUGAGAAAAAAAAAACGAAUUAAAUUGGCAAGUCAAGUAUCUUCACAUUUUACGAUGUUUCGUUAUUUUUAAUGUUAUGAAUGAAAAGUAUAAACUUGUAUUGUUAAAAAAAAAAAAGACAAAUCAUAUGAAGCAAUUGCAAGCUUUAAAUUCAUCGUCUUGAAAGAUGUUUUUUUUUCUUUAUAUUUUGCUUGUUAGAAAUGAGAAGUUUUCAAAUUGUGAAAAUUGUUUUAAAAAAAAAAAGAGAAGAAAUAAAAAUGUUAUCUUUUGUAAUUUUAAUUGAU